AUGUUUUCUACUCCAAACUCUGGAAGGACAUCAACUCUGGAUAGAAGCGAAUUAGGAGCUAAUGGAGUACCAAGGUUAGAAAUUUUCAAAUAUAAGUUUAAAAAUUAAAAAAACUAUUUUGAGAAUUCCGGGAACUACACAAGAGCAAUCCACUCCGUCUUUCUUAUUUGGCCCAAAGCGACGUUCAACAAUUGUAGGAAACUCGAAUUGUUAGUUCACGAUGUCGUUAAUUCACAUCUUCUUAAUCUAUAAUUAAGAUGCUAACAGCCCGUUCAGUCCAAGCGCUCCGGCAUCUGACAUUUUCGCCUCUCCAGCUCCCUCAGCCAUUCCAAGUCAUUUGAAAGGUUUUUUUUUAAUAAAAAUGUCAUUUUCAAGUUUACAGUUUCAUUCCAGAUUCCAGCGCUCCUAAUAACAUGAACAAGUCGGUCCACUGGUCUCCGGCUUUGGUUCAGCAACACGAUGACCGAAACUUCAAUGCAACUGGAACCGUUGGAACUCCGACCGGCGGUCUUUCAUCCAAGGCGAACAUGUUCGCCAGCCCUAUAAUCAACGGUUCGAUUUUUUUUUUUUGAUUUCAAAAGGAACUCUGUAGCUCCACCGUUACGAUCACAUCGAGAUGAACUGGAACCAGUGAAAAAAGCCCCGCGACGUUCUAUAGCCACUCCUUACCGGAUGAAUACGCCGGCAAGUGCCACCGUCCACGAAACUCCUGAGGCUUUCGAAGGUGCUGACGACUCCGCCGCGACUUGGGUCACUUUGUUUGGCUUUUCCUCCCAGCAACUUUCCGCCGUCCUGCGGUUAUUCUCACGGCACGGAGAAAUCGUCAAUCAUCAGGUUUUUGUUGUUGUUGUUGUUGUAACUUUUCAGGUCAGAUUGGAGACCGAAAGACCAAUAAUUAUGUUUGAAGCUCAUUUUUGUUUUAUAUGUAAUAUGAUUCGCUACAUUGGAAUAGUCCGACGUUACCAACAUGUUUGAUUUUCAGCGUGAAAGUAUAACGAUUCGACCCGUCUCAUUGAGAUACGUACAAAUGUCAUAAAAAUUAUUUGGCGUUAGUAAGAAGAAAUAACUUUAUGAUGUGCAAAAAAACUAGAAAAAAACUCCAAAAAAAUUUCAAAAAAAUUUUCGCUGCAUUUUUCGACGCUGAUUCUAUUCAACUAUCGCUACUACGACAUAAGAAGAAAAAAUUUUUUUUAAAUAGGAAAAAAAUUGAAAAUUAUUCGAAAAAACAAUGCAAAAAAGGAAAAAAAAAUGAGAAAUCAAAGUAAAAAUAACCGACCGCGUUGAAGCCCGCGCGUACGCACAGUAUGCUGCUUUAAUAUUUUUUCUUUCUAUUUUUUUUGGGAAAUACAUUUUACAGUUUUUUUCGCUACGCGUAUCAAGUUUGCAAAUCGUUUAGAGCUGUCUGAUAGUGUUUUUAGUGUCCACGUUUUGAAACUACAUGCUUUUUUAUUUGACGAUUUUUUCAAGUUUUAAAAAUACUGCUUUUUAUUCUCCGACGACUUCAAAUGUUUCGCGGCGUUUUGAAACGGGAAAUUGGUAAUAUUUAUAAUAUGGAGAUUCUAUUUUUGAAUUAAAAAUUUUGAAGUUUGGGGCUGUGACUCGUUUCAAAAUCACAAGUCUCUCGAAUGAAAGGUUCAACGUUUGAAAAGGCUCGCCUUUCAGAAUAGAUUCAGUGCAACUGUGAAAGUAGUUUCGAUUUUCUUCAGACUCCACCCAAAGGCAACUGGAUGCACGUGCGCUACUCCUGCGUGGCUCAUGCCCAGCAAGCUCUUGCUCGCAACGGAGCUCCACUCGAUUCUGCUACUUACAUUGGAGCUAUUCCCUGUACAGACAAAGUUUUUCAUGUCAGGAAGACCGAAUAAUGUCGUUCCUUGUAGGAGGUGCUGUCCGGUAAAGCUCAAGGAAUCGUCGCACGGACCCCGGUGGCGACCAACCGCUCUUUACUCAACGAAACGAUUCCGGAACAGCAUGAUGAGGUCGUUUUUUUUCGUUUUCGAAGUGUAAUUUUCGAUUUUCAGUUCAUACCAGCUGUAACACCGGUCCGGAAUAUUUCACCUAAUGAAAACAUUGACAGAAGCGCUCUCAAUACUUCUGUUUUUGACCCCAACGCUUCUUUGAAGUUGGCGAAUUUCACAAGCUUUUCGAAAGAAGCAGUUUUUCAGCGCUUCUCGGAUGUCAGUGCGGUCUGGUGUCGGAAUGCGUUCUCUUUGUGCUGAGCAAAAGUUAAAUGUAUCCCAAUGUUUAUGUAUGAUUUUGAAUAUUUUGCUUUCAGGCGACUCCCCAACAAUCCGGCAUCUUAGACAAACUUUGGAACACAAUGGGUUUUAACGGGGGAAAUCAGUAAAAUCAUUAUUUUACCAACUAAUCCUUCUCAAAAACUUUGAAUGGUUCAAUCGUUUUUUGAUUCGUUUGAAAUCCCAAACUUAUUUGCCUAUUUGAUAUAGUGCACACUGGUUGAGUGUUGUUUUUCUUGGCUAUUCUUGUUUUUUUUUUCGAAUGAAUUAAACCUUGUCUCAUGUCGAAGUUUCAGUUAAUUUGAUAUUCCGGUAAACCUGUCCGAUGGUUGUUUUUUAUUCGCAAAAGAACAUGAAAGAUAAUUUUCGUAAGCGUGAGAAACCACUUUUUAGUUUUAGGAACGCGAUUUUGAAAGUUUUUCAUAUAAGCUAGCAGAAGUUCACGUUUGUGCCGAUCUUUUCUUGCUGCUUUGGAGUCGGAAUGACAAAUUCUAAGGAAUAUCUUCUAGAGGAUCCCUUUGCUGUCGCCUUGUCCAAAGAGCAGGUUUGGUCAUGUUUUAGCGCUUUUUAGUUCACGUUUUUUUCAAAUCUCGUUAAUUGAUGCGAUGCCUGAAAAUUUCAGGAGUUUCGACACUCCUUGAUGAAAAGAAAUUUUGCAUUUUAUAUCAUAAAAUAAAAGUUCAGUGUAUCUUCUGCGGACUGAUUUGUCAAAACACCGAAUAACGUGGGAAAGUUCAGUUAUUUUCGGAUGGUGUUCAAUGGUAAACAUUUACUCGAGACUAAAAAUGUGCUCGUUCUUUUGUUGAAACCAGUAAUAAGUACCUUUGAAACGGAGCUCCAAGGAAAUUUACAUCUGUAUUAAGCUGUUGCAAUAUUGCUCGCGGUGCCUACACAGAGAUCGUCCCCUCUCGGUCUGCGGAGAUUGUCGCGCGGUCGCUUACUGUUCGAAGCCAUGCCAAUUGGAGGACGCCCUGCAGCACAGCAACGAGUGCGACUCCAUUCAAGUUAAUCCCGCCUACUCCUUGAGCUCUUUUCAACUUUCGCUUAAGAAAGCUGGGUAUGUGGCCAAUGACUCUGUCCGAUUAUUGAUGCGGAUCUACGACUUGUGGAAGGCUGGGCAGAUCGGAAAAGUGAAAGUCGAAGGAGGUUUCUUUCUGAACGGACAACCGAGAGAACGGAAGAGUUGAGAAACUCGCUCUCUGGAAACGCUUCCACUUCAUGAUGGAGAGUUCGAGGCAGAAGCUCAGGAGUUUCUUCUUUCCGAGUACCUUCCUUUUGGCAGGCAGACGCAGCCUGACCAAGUUCAAAUCAAAAAGUGCGUUCCCUCUUUUUUUUCUAUUUUUUUUGCUCACAUAACUAUUGGUAUAUGACUUUUUUCGAAUUGACAUGGUAGUCUUUAAUUUGGAGACGUUCAGGAUUUACAAGAUGUUGAUGACGAACAGUGUGACGGUGAGCAAUCAACUGGGAACUUCCAUCGGAAUCGCUCUCUGUAUCGCUCUUUCCAAAGCCGACCACUCGUGCAAACCCAACACUCGCGUCGCUUUCCAGUACUUGAGCUUUUUUGCUUGAAAAUAACUUUUCCUGUUCAGUUGCCGGUCGGCCAUGUUGGUGCCGACGGAUCGCAUGCCUACGGCCCUUUCUGAAGCCACUCACUCGUAUAUCGACGAGCUGCAGCCGGUUAGUGUCCGUCGCAAGUUUCUCAAGGUGGGUUAUAACAGUUCUCUUCACAGAAAGGCUUAUUAUAUAUCAAAUCAAUUGAUGGGAAAAAUCUCUCCAUUUUGGAUUAAAACUUUCAGUAUUGUAUUAAGAAAGAAGAAAAUGGAAGAAAAGAUAUAAGGGAGCCCGGUUGAAGUGUUUUUUUUUUCUUUUUUUUCAUCCAUUCAGUGUUAGAGUCGUAGUGAAAAAAAUUAGAAUCCAUUUGAUAAACGGAGAGUGUUUUCGAAAGAAGAAGUUACUAACAUUCAAGGUGAAAACUGAUUUUUCGACCUCAGUAUUCAUAGACUCUUUCUGAAUGAUUAUGCAUAGAAACCGGUUCCUUGUUCCAGGAAAGGUACCACUUUGACUGCGAGUGCGAGGGCUGCGUCGACGUGGAAAGAAACCAUCUUCAGGAGGCUUGGCGGUGUGGAAUUUGCGUCGACGGCUACAUGUGGAACACGCGCGACAGCAAAUGUUCACUGUCAGUUUACUGUUUCCAGUCACUCUUGGUUCCGAAACGGAAAUUCUGUAUAGGUAUAUUUCAUCUUUCUCGGCUAGAGAGCCGUUUUUGUGAGCUCUCAACGCCAUUAAAAUUAACGAAAACGUAGUUCUUUCGUAGAAUUUGUUUUCAUCCAUUCAAAGAAAAAAAAAUGCCAAACCAACUUCAUUGAAUUUUUUUUUAUAAACUCAUUAAUUUCAUUAACUGGAAGCGAGAGCAAAGUCCGGAAAUUCAGAAAAUUCAAAAGUGGAAAAAGCACCGCUUUGCACAUACAGAUCAACCCUCUCUCGAAAAAAAAAAUGGAUUACAGAGUUCAUGAAGAACCUUUUUAUAUCAAUAGAAUCGAGUAUAUAAAAACAAGUUAGAGUUAAGACAACUCUAGCGAUCGAAUUCUCGUCUUGAAAUCGAGUUCCUCAUAUGGUUACUUGAUCAUUUGUCUAUUGUUUCACACAAUCAUCGAAGCCAAUAAUUAUUCCGAGUUUGCAGUUGUGGUUGGAAAAUCAAGGAAGAUUACUACGCGAAAUGCGCCAAGGCCGACGAAAUGGCGGCGAAAAAUCUUUCGGUCGUGUCCCGCGACGAUUUGCCCCUAAACGAUCGUUUCAUCCUUGCACAAAGAGUUUUCUCAGAGACAAUUGCCCAUGUUUAUAAUUCAAUAUUCUAGUUGAUGAUCACUUUUGAAGAGCUCUUCUACAAGUACAACGUCAACAGAAUCAUUCCCCUGAGAACCUUGUACGCAGCGUCCAUCUGCAAUAAAGAGUAAGUGGGGCGCGAAAAUCUCCCGUGAUUUGCUCUGAAUAGCACAUCGUCGGCAAUUCGCUUCGGUCUCGAUUUGCUGCAAAUCCAACAACAGUAUCAGGAGGAGAAUGACAUGGCAAUCCUCUACUUGAAAUUCGGAGUGGCGAAGGUAAGAUGAGAAGAUUGAAGAUAUUCACACAAAGAAAAAGCUCCCAUAAUAGAAAAAAAAAUAAAACAGAUCUCUGUUUUAUCGCUUGCAUGAGUCAAACAAAAGCUGAAUAUAUAGGUAUUCGUUUGAGGUAAUGUUAGCCGGUGGAGCGAUCGAAAGCGCUCGAGAGCUUCUGGAGGCGAUUGUCGGACCUUAUACUCGAGUCUUUGGACCGGAAGCGCCGCCCGUGAUCAGUAUCAGAGACAUGCUGAAGCAGACUUCCAACUCUGAAGAUGAGGAUGAAGACGAAGACGAAGACGAAGAAGAGGAGGAGGACGAAGGGACGACCACAGAGGAGGCUCAAGACGAGGGGCAAGAGUCAGAGACUGAACAUGAGGACAACGUCGCGCCAAAGGGAUCCGUCUAA